CUACAAUUGAUUGAAAAAAAUCACGUGACUGUUAGGCAAUUUACUAAAAUUUAUACCCGUAAAUCUACUGUCAUAUGAAUUUUUAUCAAAGGUUUUUUAUGGUAAAAUAUAGUUGUAUAGUUGUAUAUAUUGUCCUGAAGUUAGAACUUAGAACGUGUUAGAACGCGAGUGCGCAUAAAUCGGUAAAAGCCGGCAUCAAGAUCAAGAGUGGGAUGCGAUGAACGUGUAUCGUAAAAUCUUGGCAGGCAGAUAAUUGCAAUUUUUAUUUAAAUCAUUCUAAUUAAUAGAAUAUUUCAAACUAAGAAAAAUGAAGCUUCUAACACAUAAUAUGUUGACUUCAAAGUGCUUGAAAGGCGUAACUGUUGGUUAUCCUUUAGGGAUUGUUGCUAAAGAUAUUAAAGUAUCAGAAGUAGAUUUUAAUUCAGAAUUUAUUGCAAGGAUAAUUCCAAAACUUGAUUGGGCUACACUUUGGAAAGCUGCAGAAAGUAUAGGUCAUGUUGGAGAGUUACCACAAACUUUAAUUCAAGACUUUGAAACAAACGAGGAGUUCUUGAAAAAAGUUCACCAUGUAUUAUUGGAAGUAGAAGUUAUUAAUGGAGACUUACUAUGUCCAGAAUCUGGUAGAAAAUUUCCCAUUAAUGAUGGUAUACCAAAUAUGCUCUUAAAUGAGGAUGAAGUUUAAUUAUUGACAUUACAAUAAUAAGAAAAACAAAAUUACAUUUUACAUACAUUUAUUUCGAUGAGUAAAUGUUCAUAUGUUGUAUAUACAAUUCUUUUCUUAUUACAAUGUGUAUAAGUUUUAUUUUAUACUUUUAUUAGUGUAAUUAGUACAAAAUACUGUAUUAACUAAAAUAAAAUAAAUAAAUAAAUGUCUUAAACUCAUUGGAUUGUUUUUAAUAUUUCAAGCUAUUUAACAAUUGAACACAAUAUAUUUAACAAAAUAAAAUGGAACUUAGCAUUGCAUAUAUAAAGAAUUGCAUAUCACAUUUAAGAGUUCUAUCAAUAAAUUAAAGUGCAAGAUAAAUGAUUAUAGAUGUCUUUAUUGUACAGAUAUGUGUAAAUACAGUGAAAUACAAUUUUUGCAUUAUCUUAA